AUGAUACUUGAAACCUCUUCUAUAAUUAAAAACAUAUUAAUUCUCUUUAUUGCCUCUAUAAUACAAGUUGACGAUAGAUUGGUGGAAUCUGCAACAAAUCCAAUAAUAAUCAAAGGAGCGAAAUUAUUUGAUUCGGUCACCAAAGACCAAUUUUUCAUCAAAGGUGUAGCAUAUCAACCAAGAUCAACAGGGUCCGCAAAUUUUAAUGAUCCCUUGGCUGCGUCAAAUGAUUGUAAAAGGGAUCUUCCUUAUUUGCAGCAAUUAGGUGUUAACGCUGUUCGCGUAUAUGAGGUUGAUAUUAGCCAAAAUCAUGAUCAAUGUAUGCAAAUGUUUUCCGAUGCUGGAAUUUACUUGCUCUUGGAUCUUCCAACCCCUGAUUUCAGUAUUAACCGUGACAAUCCGCAAUGGAAUGUCGAUCUUUAUAAUCACUACACGGCGACUGUAGAUUCAUUCGCAAAAUACCCAAAUGUUUUGGGUUUCUUUGCAGGCAAUGAAGUGACCAAUAACAAAAGCAAUACGCCAGCAAGUGCUUUCGUAAAAGCUGCAAUUCGUGAUCUGAAAUCAUACAUAAAUGCCACGGCCAAUCGACCAAUUCCCGUGGGAUAUGCUAGCAACGACGAUCAAGACACUCGAGUCUCAUUAUUAGAAUAUUUUGAUUGUAUAAGUGAUGGUAACGUGAAUACGCAGGCGGAUUUCUAUGGUCUUAACCUAUACGAAUGGUGUGGUAAUUCGACGUUUGAGUCGUCAGGGUGGGCAGCGAGAACCCAAGAAUUUUCGAAUUAUAGUAUUCCCGUGCUCAUGUCUGAAUACGGAUGUAAUUUGGUGAGUCCGCGUCCAUUUACUGAAGUAGCAACUCUCUAUGGUCCUCAAAUGACCUCGAUUUGGUCUGGAGGAAUUGUGUAUGAAUGGACUGAGGAAGCUAAUAACUACGGUCUCGUAAAAGUAAAUGACAACUCAAGCAUUACACCUUUACAAGAUUUUUAUAAUCUAAAGCAACAACUUGCCAACAUUAAUCCAGCCGGUGUUAAAUACGAUUCUUAUUCACCAGACAAUAAACCUUCAGAUUGUCCGAGUAACUCACCAACUUGGCAAGCAAGCGCACAUUUACCACCAACUCCAUCAGAAAAAGCCUGUCAAUGCAUGGUCUCUUCAUUAUCUUGUGUUACCUCAAAUCAAACUGCCUCGAAUAACCAAACGAUAACUGAUGCAUUUUCAUUAAUUUGUGGGUACACACGGUGUGCUGAUAUCACCGCGAAUGCGACGACCGGCGCCUAUGGAAAAUAUUCUUUUUGUGACGAUGCAGACAAAUUGUCAUAUGAGUUUAAUCUUUAUUAUCAAAGUCAAAAUAAGAAUCCGGCUGCUUGUGAUUUCAAAGGUUUGGCUGCCAUUACGACUCCUUCAAGAACUAAUGAUGAUGAGUGUGCUACUCUUUCAACUACUCCCACACCGUCAAUUAAUAGUAAAAAUAAUGGCAAUAAGAGUAGUAAUGCUGAUGUCAUUAUGAGCAAAGGUUUUGACAUGUGGAUAUAUUUCGUUUGUAGUUUAUUAUUUGUUGAGCUUAUAGAUCUAUUGUAG